AUGCGAUUGACGAACCCGUUCGGUGUUCUGCAAGAUUUUCUUGCCAUUAUUUUCUAUAAGUAUGGUUUAUUUAUAUCUAAUAAUCCUCGGCUAUUUAUCAUUAUUCCAGUUUUAAUAACGGUUGCAUUAUCAUUUGGAAUUAUCAAUAUCACCGUUCAGGAUGAUCUCAGGUUUCUUUAUUCACCACUUCAUUCACCUGCUCGUUCUGAAUAUAAUAUCCAUAAAACAUUUACUGGAGAUUCGAUUAAUAGUACAUAUAUCGCAAUUGCUGUUGAGCGAAAUGAUAAACUAAAGAACCUCCUUAGAAGUGAGAUUGCAUCAGAAAUUAUGGAUUUAAAUCAGUAUAUUCUUCAUAAUUUAACGAUUAACUUAAAUGGAAGAUUUUAUAAUUUCGGAAGGGAUAUUUGUGUGAGAUUUGAUCUCUGUCCGGUUAGCAAUUCGGUUGUACAAUUCUUCUUUGAUGCUUUCUUCGCGAAUAAAAAGUAUCAAGGCGAUCAUCGUAUUCGACUCGAUUAUCCAUUUUUACAAUUUUUCGAGCGAAAAUUUUUUUUACCACUUCAUCUUUAUGGCGUGGAACUUGACGGUAGCAAUGCUAUUCGCUCCGUUCAAAUCGUUCAUUUGUAUUAUCCAAUUCCUUCAACGGAUAGGGAAACUGCCGAAAGCGUUGAAAAAUCUCUUAUUCGACCGCUUCGAGAAUAUAUUAAUACUAAAAAAGAGCAAAGCCUUAUCAAAGCAUCAAUGUUUAGUUUCUCAUUACUAAAGGAUGAAAUGACGAAGAAUGCUGUUUAUACUUUUCCAUUCAUAUCACUUACGGUCCUUCUUCUCGUUUCAUUCACCAUUCCAUAUAGCAUGACUGGAGACUGGAUAACUUCGAAACCCCUUGAAGCUCUAAUGGGAGUCCUUUCAUCAUCAUUCGCAAUUGUUAGUGCUGCUGGCUUUAUGUUUUUGAUUGGAUCUCCAUUUGUUUACCAGUUAAGUAAUUUUGUUACUGUUAUGCCAUUUUUGGCCUUAGCAAUCGGUGUCGAUGAUACGUAUGUGAUGCUAGGCGCAUGGCAAGAUACGAAAAGGAAUCUUCCGCCAUCAAAAAGGAUGGCACUUACAUUGCAAGAAGCUGGAAGUGCAAUAACAGUAACUUCCAUCACAUCAAUGCUUUCAUUUGGCAUUGGUUCUUAUAGUACAACACCAGCAAUAUCUAUUUUUUGUCGUUUUAUUGCUGUUGCUGUUAUUUUCGAUUGGUUCUACCAGGUUACAUUUUUCGCUGCUGUCAUGAUAAUUGGUGGUAAACGUGAAGCAGCGGGUUAUCAUUGCGUAUAUGUAUGGAAAAAAAUGCCUCUUGAAGAAAUCAAACAGUCAAGAGAAUCGAAUUUUAUAUCACCGAGUCAUUUUUUGUUUGCCGAUUAUAUUGCUCCAUGCCUUUGUCGAAAAGUUACCCGAAUUAUUAUUAUUGCUUUAUAUUUAGUAUAUAUAAUUUUUGCUAUUUAUGGAUGUUCAUUAAUGAAACCAAAUUUAACACCAAGCAAAUUAUUGGUGGAUGAUUCACCACUAACUCAUUAUCUUGAACUUGCUGAAGAAAAAAUUUGGUCUCAAGGAGCGGUUCCUCGUGUAUAUGUCAAUAAUGCACCAGAUUUAAGUUCUAAUUCAAACGAGAUUGAAACGAUGCUAAAACUCGCGCAAGAAUUAGAAGAGAUGGACUAUUCGAUAGGUGCAAAUUCGACGCAAUAUUGGCUGAGAGAUUUUAUCAAAUAUCGGCAAUAUUUUGAUAAUAAAGAUGAAGAAUUUUAUGAAAAUUUACAAGAAUUCUUAAAUCUUUCAUUUAAUUCGCAUUGGAAAUCGUAUUUACAGUGGGAUAAUCAUCCGACAAAUAAGAACAAGAAAAUUGUUCGUCGUUUCUUCUUCACAACAGCAUAUAAAAUAAAGAAUUGGAAAAUUCGAACACAUUUAUUAAUGCAAUGGCGAAAUAUUACAAGUAAAUACGCCAACUAUGGAGUUAUUGUAUACGACGAGAAUAAUUUUUAUUCGGAUCAAAUGUUAGAAUUGCAAUCUACAACUUUUGCUUCACUUUUCACUGCUGUAUUAGCUAUGAUUAUUGUAUGUAUUCUUUUUAUUGGCGAUAGUUCAAUCGUAUUUUGGGUAGUUUUUACAAUGGUUUCAAUGGAUAUUGGAAUUGCUGGUUUUUUGGCACUUUGGGGCGCUGAUCUCGAUCCAACAACAGUCGUUAAUAUUUUGAUGAGUAUAGGUUUAUGUAUUGACUUUUCAACGCACGUCGGUUAUCGAAUCUAUCGAAGCGAACAACGAGAUCCAGAUGCUCGUAUACGUGACGCUCUUGGUGCAAUAGGUUGGCCAGUUGUUCAAGGUGGCGUAUCAACAUUUCUUGCUAUUGUUGUUAUGAUACUUGUGCCAUCACAUGUUGUUCGUACUUUUGCUAGAACCUCUAUUCUUGUCGUAUUAACGGGCUUAUUUCACGGAGUUUUUCUUCUACCAGUUAUCAUUCGUUCCUUUGCAAUAUGCAAUGUUAACGAAAAAAGCACCAAAUAA